AUGAUGAGCAACAAUUUUGUUGAAUUAAAAGGCUCUGUUUUUAAAAAGUUUGGGAAGCCAAAUCUUUUUCAAAUGUCAUGUAGCGAUGUUAGAGAACGUUUUCAUACAGUUGUUUUAUUGUUAGUUGUUGUUCUCAGGAAUAUGACCGCUGUAAAUUGGAAAUUAGAACAUCUCUAUGAAAUGACACCAGAUUUGAUAAUGAUUAUCGCUGCUGAAUUAAUGGUUGAUUGGUUGAAACAUGCUUUUAUAACAAAAUUUAAUGAAAUAAGUUCUCAAGUUUAUAGAGGUCUGUUUUGGUGUUUUUCCUCAAAUAUACACAGAAAUUCUGAAAUUUGUUUAAUUUAUAUUUUAUAAAAAUUUUGUUAAAAA